UGUCAACCUGUGCAACCGUCUAAUUGAUAUUUUGGCGGCAGAGACAUGUGGCUACCUACUGGAUGUUGUCUGUUCCUUCUGCUUCCAGGAAUGACGAGAGAUAUCACCUGCCACUCCUCUCAGCCGAUUGCUCACUUGAGUUGUUUGCAUAUGUUACUUGGGCCAUUCACUAUUUUCACCAUCUCGACAAUUUUUUUGGGCGGCAUCAUCACAGGGUAUCCAUAUCAGGCAUCGGCAGUUACGACAGACAAUAUCUCGGUAAUGACAGUGGUGUUUAUUCUGCUAUGGCGCACAUUUCUGAACGAGUGAAUGCCAAGCACAUUUGAUCAAGCGGACUGGUCCCCUUCAAAACGGACGUGAAAAGAAGGAGCGGCCAGAAAGAGGCUUCCC